GCAGAGAAAGUCGGAAGUGUGUUGGAUGGUGAUGACGGCGGUGGUUGUUCCUUUCGGAGAAAGAAGCAAGGCGGUGCAGGGGUAGAGUAACAGUGAGUCGCGUGCAGCUCGGCGGUCGUCGCGGUGAGAGGAAAAGGUCAUGCAGUAUGGAAAAUCCUACUUUUGAAGAGGUCAAGCACAUCACAUUUUAUAGUCCUUAUAUCAGACCAUGUUGUGAAUUGAUGCGUGGAACAUUUCAUGAAUAUUCUCCAAAGAAAUAUAAACCAGGUGAUAUCUGCAAAAUGUGGUGCAGCAUACCUGUUCUUCAGCUGCACAAAUACUGCGAUAUAAUUAAAAUAUGCACCUUUAGACCACUUUUGUUUGUACCUAUACGUGAUCCCACUAAGAAGUGCCAUGAUCUCAGCUGUCAAUUUGAUGAGCUAAAUUUGGAGAAACUCUAUCAAAUUGAGACUUUAGAAGAUGUUACUGAUAUAGUCAAAAAAUUUGCAGAUAAUCAACUUUUCAUCAGUGGAAUAUUGACAACUGAAACUGAUAUAGACAACGGAAUAUUGAGUACUUCUGAAGUUUUUGACUGGAUCAAAUAUGUGGAUGACGUUGGCAUUUUACAGAAGUUAGGGAAACUUGGAGAUUAUUGUUGGUCUUUCCUCAAACUGUUCUUUUUUGCGUAUAAGUAUUAUAUAAGUAAAGUUAUUUUGGAGGACUACAAUUUAGUAGAAGCCUUUGAAUCUUAUUAUUGUGACAACUGUAUGAUGAACAGUGAAAGUAUGAAAAAGAGGGGAAAUGAAGCCUUUGCUAAGGGGAAAUUUGAUACUGCAGUCACUUUCUAUACAAAAGCUAUAGAACUGUGGCCUGAAAAUCACCUUCUUUAUGGCAAUCGGGCUCUCUGUUUUCUCCGAACUGGACAGUAUCAGAAAGCCUUGUGUGAUGGGAAGAGAGCCAUUAUUUUGAAGCCCUGCUGGCCUAAGGGGCAUUAUCGAUUUUGUGAUGCUUUAUCAUUCUUGGGUGAGCACAGAAAAGCAUUAGAAGCCAAUGAGAGAGGUCAGGACCUGUGCAGAGAGAAUCCUGAAGGAGUUAAAGGACUUAUUGAGCAAUAUGAGAAGCUGAAGAAGCAAAUGGAAGAAGCUAGAGGUGUAAAACAAAAUAAAUACAGACUAAAGAAACAACUGUUGCAGAAAAAUGAUUCCAUUAGUUCUUCAGAAUAUGUCCCAGUUGAUAACCAAGAAUCAAAGAAAUCUCACAAUGAAAAGAAAAAACUGUCUGAUUCUCAUGACCAUCCUUGCCAGCAGAAACAAACAAAUGUGGUUGGAAAUACACAAACUAGAGAAAAUGCAGAUCAUUUAUCAGUUUUUACAAUAGGACUGAGUGAAAAUCCACAGAAGCAAAGAAGCCAAAUGGAUGAUUCUGAGAAGAUGAAAGAACAACUGAAUUUGAAAACUGAUUCUAAAAAAGUUGUAGAUAAAUACAACUUUCACUGUGGAAAUAUGCAACAGGUGGAUAUAAUACUUUCACUAGAAAUGUUGAAGACAUAUAUGAAAAAUGGAUCAACAUCUUUAAUGGAUCAAUGCUUUCACAGUGCUGAACAAUCAUUUGCAUUAUCAUUAAAUAUGCUAGAUCCGUCCCAACUACAGCUUCUGAACCUUGCUCUUGUUGAUUAUGUUGUGAUCAUGUACGGAUAUGCCAGUGCUCUCCUUGGAAUAGGACAGCCUGAGGAACUAAGCAAAGCCAAAAAUCAUUUUAAUAAAAUAAUUGAGCAAUAUCCAAAAGUGAGAUUCAAUUGCUUAGCACAUUAUGGAAUUGGAAAAGUAUAUUUGAGACAAAAUAGAUUUUCUGAAGCUCUAGACCAAUUCAUGAAAUCAAAAACCAUGGUUAAUCUUAAGAUUGUGCCUGGAGUACUAACAUGGCCUACAACUUCAGAAGUUAUCAAAGAGACAAGGUCAGAGAGAUUACAAGUUAUAUUGGAAGAUUGUAUUGCAGAAUGCAAGUUUCCUCCAAAACCAAAUGCAGUAUGUCGUUACCAGCAAUGCCAAGCGCAUAAAGUCAAAAUAUAUUUUAGUGACCCGGAUUUCAAGGGUUUUAUACGUGUGGCCUGCUGUGAACAGUGUAUAGUAGAAUUUCAUUUAAAUUGCUGGAAAAAAGUGAAAGCUACAAGAUAUUGUGAUAAAAAUGAUAAGGAUAUUCUUCAAGAGAUGUGUUUCACUCCAGACUGUAGAGGCCUUAUUUCUAAAAUCAUUGUCUUCAGUUCUUCUGGUAUUGUCAAAUGUGAGUUUGAACAUAAAAUAACGACCAAGAAUCCUCCAAGGCCUAUUCUAAAGCAGAAAUGCUCAAGUUUUAGGAAGUUACAAGUAAAACAGGAGAAAAAAUUAAGAAGAAAAUUUAUAAAAGAAGCAGUCUCCUUAACAGAACUUGCAGAAGUAUUUCACAGAAGCAACGCUGUGGCGAAAGAUGAUAGCCGUAAAGGAAAUAUUCCGAAGAAUUUUUUUGUUGGGGAUACAGUCCUGCAACUUAUUGGACAGUAUGCAGUGAAUAUACAAGGUGGUAUACGUGAUGCCUUCAGACUUCUGACUGAAUUGAUUUCAUGGUGGGUACUUACUGAAGAGGAUUAUGCACUCUUUUCAACAAGUUGUCUAUCAUCAGCUGAAGUAAUGGACCAGCUCAUAAGCUUUUUAAUUGCUAAAAAUAAUAGAGUGAAGACAAGAAUUUUUGUACAUGUUGUAAGUGAACUUGAAGAAGUGGAUCCUAAACUACAUGGUUGGAUGAAACAUCUUGAUAAUAAUGGUUUAAAAGCUACCAAAAUUUUUCUCUCGGAAUAUACAACUUACAUUUUACAGCUUGAUUUUAGUUCAGUAGCAGUCCUCUGGAAUGAGAGAUAUGGUAUUAAGCUCAGCAGGACAUUCACCUGCAUAUCUGAAGAUAUGACUGAAAAGCUAAAAUACUUAGACGAGUUCUCGUUUAUGGAAAUUCGCUGUUUACUGUGGCUAUUAGAAGAAAACAGACAGUGUUUCCCAUUUCUUCAUCAAUGUUUAGAUGACUAUUUUGAUAACCUGGAUAAUCCUUUUAUUGUGUUAAAGAAGGAAUAUACUGAAACUACUUCAAAUAAUGCUAUCAAAGUUAAAAACAAAAACCGAAAAAAGACAAAAGAAUCCAAGGCUAUUUUUGUUUUGUCUGGUGGAGUUGGUACAGUAACUCAAGAAGAAGAUAAUAUAUUUUCUGAAGAAAAUACAUUAAGUUUUAUGAAUCCACAUGAGCCUUUUAGAAUCCCAGAUGGUCUUCAUGAACAAGUGAUGAUAUUUGAAGCAUUAUAUAAUACUGCUUCUUCUAACAACAGUUAUCAGAAAAUUUUGGACCAUUACCCAGAUCCAACUUGUGAAAGCUUAUAUGACUAUUUUUCUCAAAUCUUGGAAGAACAUGGUCCCAUGGAAAUUGAUAAUCCACUAUUAGUUGGGGAAUAUGAACAUUUUCCUGCAGACACUCGUAAGAUAGUGGAGAAUGCUGGUGGUCUGAAAUCUUUUCUCCUAGGAUCUCUACGUUUUGCUAUGAUGGAUGAUCUUAUUGGAUUGAUGAAACAUGCAGUUAUGCUGCAGGAAAAUGCAGGACUCACUGGAAUUGAUGAAAACACUAAAAAUCAAGAAAAUUAUUCAGAAGGCCUGUAUUGUCAAGAAAACAAUAUCCAUAGCAAAUCCAGUUUAAACCCAACUGCUAAGGAAUUUAAGCCUGUCUCUUUCAUUAAUAAGCCUUAUAUUCCAGUAUCUACAAAUACUUUAGAAUAUGUGACUACUAGCCCCUCCUCAUUUAGUCCUUUUGCUUCCUCAUAUUCCUUUUCUAGUCAGACAACUGACACUGUGCCUGUGGCAAAUGUAUCUUUGUCUCCAACUGUAGCUGAAAGUCAUGCAAUAUUUCUGAAUGAAAUUGGUUCAGAAUAUGUAAAUGAGAGACUGUCUCCAGUUUUUACUCAAGUGCCACUUAUGCCAGAUAUUUUUGAGCAAACAAAUUAUAUAUAUGCAGAUUAUAAUCUUGAUACUGAUCCAGAAGAAAUGACACGCAGCAAGUAUACUGUUGAUAAAUUUACUACAGCUGAUCAAGUACAUGCUUUUCAGAACACUCCAUGCAUAGCAGUGAAGUCGGGCAUUCACACUUGCAAAGAUAAUCCUGACCAGGUUGAGGAUCAUCAUUGUAAUGAUGCUGAAUGUGGUUCUGUUACCAAAAUAAAAACAGAGAAUAAAUCUCUAGCAAGAAACCAUCCCCAUUCAAGGAUGAUUGCUAUACAGGUAGAUCAAGAACUAACAGAUGUGGGAGUUAAUACUUCACCUCUUCAUCCUUAUGAAACCCAACAAGGAGAUAUGUUGCGUAUGGAGAAAGAACAUCACGUACUACAAGAACAACUUAAAGAAGCAAGUGAAAAAUAUGAACAACUUAAAUGUCGAAGCUCCAAAGAGACCAGUAUUUUAGAGGAGGAGUUAUUACUACUUGUUGAAGGAAACAAGCUCAGCAAGAGAGAAUUGGAUUGGUUUCAUCAAGAUGCAGAAGUGAACUUUAAAAAAUGGCAACAAGAAAAAAAAGAAAAUCAAGAAGGAUUAAAAGCAGGGAAAAAUAAAGUCAGGAAGCUAGUAGAAACCAAUGAAAUAUAUAUGAGAAAUAUUGAUGAGAAGGAUAAACAGUACAAAGCAUAUUUGGAUGAAUUUCUGGAGAUCAGUAAUAAGUUUGAAUGUGAAAAAGUAAAAAUGGAGGAACUUAUAAAGAAGAGCCAGGAUUACCAGCAAGAAUGUGUUGAAAGAGCAAUAGCAGCAGAGGUGUCAGUACUUGAAAACUGGAAAGAGAUGGAAUUAUAUAAAUUAUGCAGAAGGUCAGCAAAUGCCAAAGCCAAUCUUAAAUAUCUAAAAUUCAUGACCAGUCAUUCUGCAAGGCCUCAGUCAAAGUUACAGAUUGAUUCUUGGGAGUCAUUUAUUUCCAAAAUUGGGGAAGAAAAGAAAAAAAUAGAGAGUCAGUUUGAAGAGAGGAUUUGUAUAGUAAAAAAUGGUGCUCUUCUAAAUAAUAUCACCCCAGUGGAAACUGCAGAUCUUCAGCCACCUAAUGGUUUGUCAUCAGCAGCUCCUGAGAAGUCUCCUAUUAAUGACCCAGCCAUCAUAAUGUAUUCAGCUGCUGCUCCACAUCUGUUUGCUUCAUUUUCAGACGUUAAUGACAAUUACCCCUUACCUUCCAAAGUUAAAACUCACCCUGGCAAUCAAGAUUCAGAGCCUCCUUCCAAUAAAGACGUUGGAGAACUACCUUCUGAAUGCAGACGAAACUCACUUUCUGAUAAAGUAUGUCUGCCUCAAUCACCAGGGAAUUCCAGAAGACAUAUUCAGAAUGUCCAGCUACAGCACAGCAUUCUAGAGGAACCAACAGGAGCUGCAGGACUGGACUAUGCCGCAGUUCUAAGCAAACCAAUUCUCACAAAGCUAUCUGAAAAUAUCAUUGACCAACUUAGAACUAUAUUUCCACACCAUACAAGUUCAGAUUUGGAAAAUUUUAUAAAAGAAAUCAAUGUCAAGAAUAGAAACAAGUUGAGCACAGAUGAGUUCCUAAACAGGGUAACUGAAUUUAUCCUGGAUCAUCCAAACACAAAAAAGGUUCUUUCCUCUUCUGGAAAAAAUGAAAAGUUAUCCUCUUGUUCUUCAGGACAAAAUGGAAGUCAUAUUCAGAAAGUAUUAAAGACAUUGGGACAAAGCAAAACAAAGUCUAGAGUUGCUAAUGAAGGCAAAAAUAAAACUAGCCUUCCACUUCAAUCAAAUCAGAUGCCAUGGAAAACUGUUGGUGAAACAUCAAAAUCAAAGUGGAAAAAAUCAAAUGAUGCCACUGAUAAUGAUCCAUGUGUAAUAUGUCAUGAAGAACUAACUUCAAGUCUGUUGCAUGUGCUGGACUGUGGACACAGAUUUCACAAACUGUGUAUUGGGCCAUGGAUUAAGGAGCACAGUACAUGUCCAACAUGUCGGCGUCACAUACUUUUGCGAGAAGAUUAUCCUGAGCUUCCUGGAAGAAACAGAACAACUUAAAAUAAUGCGAUAUACAGAUUAGCAAGAAUGAUAUUCAGAUUAUUUAGAAUCAUGAUACUAAAAAUUUAUAUAUAACCUGUUCCUGUUAUUUCCAGAAUAUUACAUGUUAAAUUAUCCCUUUGUAGCCUGAGGAAAGCAUAUACGUAAUGCUAGUCCUGCCAUUUCCAAUCAGUCAAGAUGUGUAGUCAAACGUUAUAUAUCCUAUGUUGUUAAUCUGUGUCCACACUUUUGGCAGAGAUAUGUAAUUUACAUACCUAAGCAUUAGCUACCUUUGUUAUAUCAUAGCAGAGCAGUUCAAAAAGUUAAUACAAAAUAUACCUACUAAAUGUUGUCCCUUUAAAUAAAAAACAUAUUAAUAAAAUUAUAAUGUAGAAUACAGAUUUGUCUAGCUUUUCUAGCUACAGCUGUUGUGACUUUAACCUCAUAUCGUGGAUUGGUUAUUAGCAACCAAUGAUAUUCAAUACAUUUGGAGCCAGAUUCUUUUUAACUUUCACAGAUGCCCCCUCUUUAGAAAGUAGUCUAGUUCACAAAUUGUUUUAGGGUAUAAUCAAUAAACCAUGAUUUUAAAAGUCAUUAUUUAAUGUGAUGUGUGAGUGUGCUAGAAGUGAAAACUUCGGAUGUACCUUCUAAUCUAUCAAAAAAAAAUCCUUACAAAAAUAGAUUAAUCUGCCUUUAUAUUCUUGAUAUAUAUUAAGUACAAAACCAAAGCAGAAUGCUUGAAAUUUAAGUAGAAAUAUUUAUGUAAUAGCAGAACUUGGGUAGCGCUAUGAGGGACAGACUGACUUUUUGACACUUAGGUUAUGUUCGCACAUGUGGAGUCCUUGGUGCUGUCUGAGCUUGGUUGUUUACUUGCAGACAUUGCAGACAUUAUCAACUAG